CACCCUAGUAACAGCAGUAAGCCCACCAAAGCACCUGGUUUUGUUUCCAAAAACCACGGGUUCUCUUUCCUUGUUCGCUUUGCUUGAACCGCCUGUAGUUUCCCAACUAUAUAAAAGGACCCAAACUUUCAUUCCUCCAACCCAAGCUCGAUCAGAACCUCACCAGGAAAAAAACCUGAGGAAAUCUCCAUCUUUUAAACUUUCAGAGAAGAGUAUCAAACCCAUUUUAACAAUGAGUGCAGCUGCAGGAAGGAAAGCCUGGAUUGUGGCAACUACAAUUGGGGCAGUGGAGGCACUGAAAGACCAAGGGAUAUGCAGGUGGAAUUAUACUAUAAGGUCACUGCAUCAACAUGCCAAGAACAACAUCAGGUCCUUUUCUCAGGCCAAGAUGCUUUCUUCUUCUUCUUCUUCAGCUGCUGUUUCAAGUAAGUUGAGGGAGGAGAAGAGGAGGAAAGCUGAGGAGAAAAUGAGGAAAGUCAUGGAUUUGAACUGUUGGGGUCCUAAUACUGUUAGAUUCUGAUGUUUGGGAUCAUAGAAAUUUUUGGCAGAGAGAAACGAAGAGAGACAAUCUCAAUUCUCUAUGGAUGUAUUUAAUUUUUCUUUUUCUUUUUUAUGUUUUUCAUAUAUGGUUUCAAGAUUUGGCUCUAUGUAUUGAUUUGGAGAUCAAGUGAUUAAAUAUAUGGAAAUUCAGUCUAAACAUUUUCAUUUUA